AUGACUGCGCCAUUCCGCUUCACUGCUCUUACCGUUAAUAACUCUUUCCUGUUCCUCUUUCCUUGUCAUGUGACAGAAUCCGAGGACCGGGAUUUGAACUGUCUCUUGUCAUCGCUGGUCCAGUUGUCUUUGGACUCUCAGACGCGGACCUUGUCUGGCUUCCAGAGUUUGGUUCAGAAGGAGUGGGUCUCCGCGGGGCAUCCUUUCAUGCAGAGGAUCAAUCACUUCAAAAGAUCCGACAAGGAGGAAUCUCCGGUGUUCCUCUUGUUCCUGGACUGCGUCUGGCAGUUUCUGCAGCAAUCACCGACUUCCUUCGAGUUUACCGAAUCCUAUCUGAUGGCGCUGCACGACGGCACGUACAACCCGUUCUGCGGCACCUUCACGCACAACUGCCACUGGGACCGCAUCAGAGGAAGCCAGCGCCACUCCUCCAGCCAGACGUACACGCCGGUGAGCGGUUGGAGGGACGUCGUGCGAGAGAAGAUUCUGGUGAACGGAGACUACGAGCCGGUGGACGACGUGAAGAUGGUUCCUCCCAUGGUCUGGGAAUGGAGCCGAUUCUACAGCCAUGUGCACAGGAAGCAGUUCCGGAACCCC